AUGUCCGAAGGUACCGAGAACCAUAUUGUAUGCGUUGGCGCCGUCUACAUCGACACCAUAUUGACAGUCCCGCAUUUCCCCAUAGAAGAUGAGAAAUUACGCGCCAAAGCUCUCACGCGAAGAAGAGGAGGAAACACGGCAAACAGUCUAGAAGUGUUAUCGCAGCUGCAACGACACGACCCUGAAGGAGCACAUCCCAGUCCCAUGAGUCUGCAUCUGCUAGCUGUGCUCCCUGAGGAGCAAUCUGCGGCUUCUCAAUUCAUAUCUACGUCGCUUCCCGGGGUAAACAUAUCCGACGUGAGCCUCUUCCGCAACCAGCACCAAGAAGCCGCGUCAAGCUACAUCAUCCAAAGCGAAGAGAAGCGUUCACGCACAAUCGUCAGCAUCAACCAGCUCCCCGAGAUGUGA